GCCCCAAACAAACAAUUCAACGAAGAAGAAACCAUCAACAAGAUUAUGCGAAACUUGUUGUAGGCAUUCACUUUGAUUCUAUCGUUUCAGAAAGAAGGAUGGGAGUCCUACCAGGGAGAAGCCUUUUAUGUAUACUUUUUUUAAUUAUAAUCAUCUCAGAGGGCCAUUUUCGAUGGGUUGAGGCCCAGCACUGUGUGUGGUAUGGUGAGUGUGGGGAAUCCGUAAAGGUGCCUGGAAAAAAGUACAACUGCAACUACACGGGUCCUCCCCACCCCCUAGAUGCUAAGGGCUAUGACCUUCUAACGGAGCUUUGUCCUGGAUAUGACUAUGGAAACAAAAGCCUCUGCUGUGAUGUUAACCAGUUGCAAACUCUCAAAGGGAGUCUCCAGCUGCCCCUUCAGUUCCUGUCUCGGUGUCCGGCCUGUUUCUUCAACUUGAUGAACCUCUUCUGUGAGCUUACAUGCAGCCCUCGCCAGAGUCAGUUCAUGAAUGCCACAAAGUUUAACGCGACCAAUGUAGUGGAAGUUCAGUACUAUAUUGGACAGACAUUUGCUAACGCCAUGUACAACGCUUGUAAGGACGUCCAGGCACCAUCCAGCAACGUAAAGGCCUUGUCACUGCUGUGUGGGAAGGAUGCAAAUGACUGCAAUGCUACCAACUGGAUCCAGUAUAUGUUUAAUACUAACAAUGGACAGACUCCCUUUCCUAUUAUCCCAAUAUUCACAGAUGAUCCAGUGUCUGGUUACACUCCCAUGAACAACCAAACAUAUGGCUGUACAGAGGGCCUGGAGGACGGUUCAGGUCCCUGCUCCUGUCAGGACUGCACAAAGGCCUGUGGCCCCAAACCUGUACCCCCCCCUCUACCCCCUCCCUGGACAAUCCUUGGUAUCGAUGCCAUGACUCUCAUCAUGUGGAUCUCUUACAUGGCCUUCCUGCUUAUCUUUAUUGGAGCUAUACUGGGAGCUUGGUGUUACAGGAAAAGGACCAUCAUGUCUGAGUAUGGCCCCAUAUUGGACAGCAAUAACCCACUGUCACUGAACAGUGAUAAUCCUGACCAAGUAAAUGCAUCAUGCUGUGAAACAUUGGGUGAGCUAUUUGAGAAUGCUCUGCGGACCCUCUUCAGCUCCUGGGGUUCCUUCUGUGUGCGGUAUCCCUCUGUGGUCAUACUGGGCAGCCUAAUACUGGUGGUCUCCGCCUCUGGGGGACUGGUCUAUAUGCGCAUCACCACUGACCCUGUUGAACUCUGGUCAUCUCCCACUAGCCAGGCUCGUCAAGAGAAGGACUACUUUGACAGCCACUUCGGACCCUUCUUUAGAACUGCGCAGCUCAUCAUAACCACUCCGCUCAAUAAAACUUUCACCUACUCCCCAUACUUUGGAGGAUCAGAUGUCCCAUUUGGAGCCAUCCUGGACAAAGAUAUCCUGCACCAGGUGCUGGAUCUGCAGCUUGACAUUGAAGGCAUUGUAGCCACAUACGAGGGCCAAAACGUCACCCUGAAUGACAUCUGCUUGGCUCCGCUGGCCCCGUACAAUAACAACUGUACCAUCUUGAGUGUCCUUAACUACUUUCAGAACAGCCAUGCUGUGCUGGACCAUACCAUAGGAGACGAUUUCUUUGUGUAUGCUGACUUUCACAGCCACUUUCUCUACUGUGUCAGUGCACCAGCAUCCCUCAAUGACACCACCCUCCUCCAUGACCCCUGUUUAGGCACUUUUGGCGGCCCCGUCUUCCCUUGGCUGGCCCUCGGGGGUUACGAUGAAACCAACUACAACAAUGCCACUGCUCUUGUUAUUACCUUCCCACUCAACAACUACCUGAAUGACUCAGUUAGACUGGGCAAAGCUCUGGCAUGGGAGAAAGAAUUCAUCAAAUUCAUGAAGAACUUCAAAAACCCUAACCUGACCAUAGCCUUUAGUGCUGAGAGGAGUAUUGAAGAUGAAAUAAACAGAGAAAGCAACAGUGACAUUAGCACCGUAGUACUCAGCUAUGCCAUCAUGUUCAUCUACAUCUCCUUGGCUCUGGGUCACAUCCACAGCUGCAGGAGACUAAUGGUGGACUCCAAGAUUUCUCUGGGUAUAGCGGGUAUCCUGAUUGUGCUCAGCUCUGUGUCCUCCUCACUGGGGAUCUUCAGCUAUUUUAACAUCCCUCUUACCCUCAUUGUGAUCGAGGUCAUUCCUUUCUUAGUGCUGGCCGUUGGAGUGGACAAUAUCUUUAUUAUAGUACAGACCUAUCAGAGGGAUGAGCGGAUGCCCCAGGAGGAACUUCACCAACAGAUUGGUCGUAUUCUUGGAGAUGUAGCCCCUAGCAUGUUCCUCUCCUCCUUCUCAGAGACAGUUGCCUUCUUCCUGGGAGCCCUGUCCAACAUGCCCGCAGUGAGGACUUUCUCUCUGUUUGCUGGCUUGGCUGUUUUUAUUGAUUUCCUGUUGCAGAUCAGCUGCUUUGUCAGCUUGCUCGGCAUGGACGCCAGGAGACAGGAGGGGAAUCGACUCGACAUCUUAUGCUGUGCGAAGCUGCAGGAAGUUCAGGAAACAAAGACGGACAGCUUCCUCUUCCGUUUUUUCAAGAAAGUCUUUGCCCCAUUCAUCCUCAAAGAGUGGGUGCGACCGAUCAUAGUGGCAGUGUUUGUGGGAAUACUCUCCUUUAGUAUUGCUGUGGUGAAUAAAGUAGAGAUUGGACUGGACCAGAAACUCUCCAUGCCAGAUGACUCGUACGUGCUGGACUAUUUCAAGAACCUGAGCAUGUAUCUCCACACUGGAGCUCCAGUGUACUUUGUAGUAGAAGACGGUCUUAACUACAGUAGCCCAGAAGGCCAGAAUGUUGUGUGUGGAGGAGUGGGCUGCAACAACGACUCUCUGGUCCAGCAGGUCUACAGCUCCUCACUCAUCAGCAACUACACAACCAUCGGCUUCACACCAUCCUCUUGGCUCGAUGACUACUUUGACUGGGUGAAGCCGCAGUCCUCCUGCUGUCGAUACUACAACACCAGUGGGGCUUUCUGCAAUGCCUCUGUGGUAAAUCCCUCCUGCGUACACUGUCGGCCCAUGACUCCCAGUGGAAAGCAGAGGCCAGAAGGAGAGGACUUCAUGCAUUUUCUACCCAUGUUUCUGUCAGACAAUCCAAACAGCAAGUGUGGAAAAGGCGGCCAUGCGGCAUACGCCACAGCAGUUGACAUGUACCCUAACAACACGGGGGUUGGAGCCACUUACUUCAUGACUUACCACACCAUCUUGAAAGAAUCCCCAGACUUCAUAGAUGCUUUAAAAAUGGCCCGAAUCUUGGCUGACAAUAUCAGUCAGUCCAUAGACCACAAAGUUUUUGCCUACAGCGUCUUCUAUGUGUUUUACGAGCAGUACCUCACCAUUGCAUAUGACACAGCUCUGAACCUGAGCGUGUCGCUGGCAUCCAUAUUUGUUGUGACGACGGUGUUGCUGGGCUUCGAGCUGUGGUCAGCUGUGAUGGUCAGCAUUACCAUCGGCAUGAUUCUGGUCAACAUGUUCGGCGUCAUGUGGCUGUGGAACAUCAGCCUCAACGCAGUUUCCCUUGUGAACCUGGUCAUGUGCUGCGGUAUCUCGGUGGAGUUCUGCAGUCAUAUUGUGCGAGCGUUUUCCAUCAGUGUGAAGAAGAACAGAGUGGAGCGGGCUGAGGAGGCCCUGGCUCACAUGGGCAGCUCUGUAUUCAGUGGGAUUACAUUAACAAAGUUUGGAGGUAUCCUAAUCCUGGCGCUUUCCAAGUCGCAGAUCUUCCAGGUCUUCUACUUCAAGAUGUACUUGGCCAUAGUGUUGCUGGGGGCCACACACGGCCUCAUCUUCCUCCCUGUACUGCUCAGUUAUAUCGGUCCUUCUGUGAACAAAGCAAAGGUGUUUGCUGCUAACAAGCGCUAUGCCGGUACAGAAAGGGAGCACCUCCUCAACUACUAGCAGGCUGUUUGGGACAAUGAACAAUGAACUAUUUGUCUGAAAGGGACUGUGUGGGUGUGUGCGCAAGCCGUUUCUGUGAUUACUGACACACUCAUCAUCGUUGCCACUACUAUGCACGGAUUUAACUCAGGAAUAUACUUGGGAGUAGAAGUGCCAGAUGCCGUGUCCAACCGUAAACUUAUUGAUUUUCCUCAGAGGACUUUGGACCCCCACUAUUUGUUCUCCUCACACUACAGGACGGCAUUUGAAGCAUGGGUGACACACCACGGAUCAGAAAAAUGCACUGUAUGCUUUGACAGUGUGGAAGUAGGAGAGACGCCACCCCCAACAUCAGUUACAAACCAACUCUGUCAGUUCCAUAUGCUAUGAGCUGUUUUGAUUUGGGAAAAAAAAAACUCAAAAGGGUAAAACUGGACAGUUUUUUGCCAUGAUUUUAAAUAUAUUUACCAGGAUAAAAAUCAAAUGUGUAAUAGUAAAUAAUUUUGAAACUUUUACUUACCUGGGACUUUUGUAGAACUAUUUGAUAUUAUGAAUAAUUGUUUACUGGAACAGAGCACACAGUGGAGCUUCGAGAUAACAAUGAUGAUAUCAAAGGCCCUCAUAAUACCUGGUAUUAACAUGUAUCAUAGCCAGGGCUGUGUCUACAUACUGUAUUAUAAAUCUGGUCAGCUAGUGGUAGCAUUUUCACCUAGCAAUAAUGUGUUUCCUGUGCAACAUGUAAGUAUUUGGACUGUAAUGUUUUGUUGCUCUCCAAACUGCAUUCUGCUGUUUCUUUUAUUUUCACAUUGGAAGGUUUUUACUAGCCUUUUCCUACCUGAAGGAAAAUGAAAAUUAACCAGGUGUACACAGGAGGGCGGAGCCUGGCAAGGUUUUUACAUGUCAUGAUUUCAUUUUAGAGCUAGUUAAUGUUGGUUAAGUGUCCUUUGGAGGUGUUUGCAUGCUUUUACAAAAAACCCUGUGUGACAUCAGUCAAGAUACAUGUUAAUGCCAGGAGAAAAGGGGUGCUAUCAUCCCAAUAAUGGUUUUAUAUUGAAGUGUAAAUGAAACAUUUUGCAGUUACUGAACAGAACAAUUUUGUUGCAUUAAGAGCUAAAGAGACAAAGCUUUACAUUGAACUGUAAAUAGCUUCCACAUGACUAAUCUAGAUUUAUUCCAAUGUCAUUUACUCUGUGUUGACAAGACAGAAUACCGUAGAGUGACUGAAUGGUACAGUCCUUAGUUUUUCAUUCCAACACAUUUAAGUUAUUCUUUUUUUAUUUUGUUAACUAUUAACAUUUUGUUACCAUGCAUACCUGCUUUGAAAAACUACUUCCAGUGACCUUGAAAGUAAAGGAAUCACUUUGUUUCCAAGGAAACCAAAAUCAUCCCAGCAGCAUGUUCAUUUGCAUCAGCUGCACCUCAACAUACCUGAGAUUGGAACGAGUCGAGAUGAUGACACAUCCAGGUGGUGGGAUCUCACCAGAUUAAUUUGAACAGGGUGACAUCAUUGGAACAGGAUGUUAACAUUUUACCCAAUCUGGAUACAAUCUGAUGGGAUCUUCCUUGUUUUUGUUUCUCACGAAUGAGUUGGUUUUUUUUUGGGGGGGUGGGGGGUUGGAAUGUAAGAAAGAAUUGUGUUGAUUAACAGUUUGAACCUGGUUGUAAAAAAUGUUUAUGAGCAAUCAACUGAAAAAAUUGUAACAUGAAUGACGAAGAAUUGUGUUUGCUAACAGUGCUGUGCAUUGACAUGGACAAAUCCCCUUUGCAUUGAAGAAUAUGAGUGUGGGAAAACUAAAAACU